AUGACAGAUGUCAUGAAGGAAGAAUUGAAGAAAUCCCCCUUUGUAACCAUCAUGGUUGACGAGACGAUAGACAUCAGCAAUGUAGCCCAAAUGUCUUAUGUGUUGCGUUACACUACCGAUGGUGGUGUGAAAGAAAGGUUUUUCAAAUUUGAGGAUAUAACUGAGGAUAAACUGGCAGAAGCGGUUGCUGCCCGAAUUAUCAGCUUUUUAGAGAUGUGUGAAUGCAAGGCCAAAGUUGUGGCACAGUGUUAUGAUUGGGACCCAGUCAUGGCCUCUGGUAUAAACGGAGUACAAGCCAAGGCUCAACUGAUUGAACUCUUUGAAUACAUAGUGGACCAUCACGAUGACUUUGAUGAAGACACCGUUCACAGCGCAGAUGGAUACAUGAUGCACCUGACAAGCUUUGAGUUCUGCUUCCUGCUAUCCGCGUUCUACUCCAUAUUUGCAUACUCCGACGUGCUGUUUGGGAUAUUGCAGAACAGGGAGUUUGACAUACAGUUCUGCUUGUCCAGGGUGGACGACUUCUGCAACACCACAGAGAGGGAAAAGGAAAAUUCGAUUCCAUCCAAUGGCGAAUUUCCUCCAACAGUAACUGGCAACACUAAACUGCCAAUGAAACCAACCAAUCAGAACAUCAAAACAACCACCCCGUCCAAUGGAAACUCAAGAACCUUGUCAGAACAUCCAACUCUGACUGCCUACACCAAAUGGGCCUUUCACACUUGUGGGGCAGUGGGUUCAGAGGGGCCCACCCCAACCCAGUGUAGCAGCUCAUAUCGGAACAGCAACAUCAACGUUACCGUGGCAACCAGAAGCCCAUUCAAAGGCAUCCAAAUCUGGAGGGUGCCGGAGACUGGCAGUUACAGGAUCACAGCUUGUGGGGCGGCUGGAGGUCGCAGUGUAUUGACCAUGGCCAAGUCACAUGGUGUCCAACUCACAGCAGACUUCCUGCUUCAGGAGGGCGAGUUGCUUCACAUCCUGGUGGGCCAAAAAGGAGAGGAUGCCUGCCCCAAUACCAACGAGAUCCUAAACAAGAUCUGUGUGGAGCAGAUGCCAUUGGAAAACAAGACGCAGGUCAAAGGGGGCGGGGGCGGAGGAGGCGGAGGCGGAGCCACCUAUGUGUUCAAGGUGCAGAGGGGUGUCCACAUCCCCCUGAUCAUUGCAGGUGGGGGUGGGGGACGUGGGUACAGCAGCCAAUCGGACAGCCAGGAUGAGCUGAUGGACAACCCCAAUGUACCAGGGCGCAACGGGAAGUCUGGAGCGGCAGGUGGAGGCGGAGGUUGGAAUGACAGUAACCCUGGGUCUCAGGGUGGGAGACCCCUCAUACUCGGAGGCCAGGGGGGGCAGCCCUGCAUUAAGUUCAGCUGGGAGACCCGAGGAGGUUUCGGGGGAGGGGGAGGUGCCUGUACAACCGGUGGUGGAGGAGGGGGCUAUAGAGGUGGCAACACCUCUGAAGCUAAUGACCCAAAGCAGGAUGGAGGUGACGGCUCCUCUUUCAUCAGCAAAGAGGGAAAGACCUUCCUGGACCCUCUGAAAGGUAUGGAAAGUGAUGGAGAGGUGAUCAUCGGCCCCGUGCUAAACUGUAGCCACUGUGAGACGGGUGACUGUCACAAGAACGAGGAGGGGACCAUGUGUUACUGUGACGUGGACUUUGUACUGGCCCGCGACGGAGUGUCUUGUAUCAACUCAUCAACAGAGGUGUCUACCCUGCCUCCCCAGCCCUCCCUGUCCCAGUUGGCCCUGGUUCUGUCUGUGGGGACUUCAGCCCUCAUUGCUGCCCUGCUGUUGGCUGUGUCUGGAGUCAUGAUCAUGUACAGGCGUAAGCAUACAGAGCUACAGUCCAUUCAGCUGGAGCUCCAGAGCCCGGACUGUAAACUGAGCAAGCUGAGGGCUUCAACCAUCAUGACCGACUACAACCCCAACUACUGCUUCGCUGGGAAGUCCGCCUCUGUCAACGACCUGAAGGAGGUGCCCCGACGCAACAUCUCCCUCACCAGGGGUCUAGGACAUGGUGCCUUCGGUGAGGUGUAUGAAGGGAUGGCAGCGGGGAUACCUGGAGAGCCCAGUCCCAUGCAAGUAGCAGUCAAGACACUCCCUGAGGUGUGCUCUGAGCAGGAUGAGCUUGACUUUGUCAUGGAGGCUCUCAUUAUCAGUAAAUUCAGCCACCUGAACAUAGUGCGGUGUAUAGGGGUGAGUCUACAGGACCUACCACGCUUCAUCCUAUUGGAAUUGAUGGCUGGAGGAGACCUCAAGAGUUUCCUGAGAGAGACGCGGCCCAGACUGGAGCACCCUUCUAGUCUAUCCAUGGAGGACCUGCUCAACGUGGCCAGAGACAUAGCACAGGGAUGCCAAUACCUGGAGGAGAACCAGUUUAUACACCGGGACAUUGCGGCCCGGAACUGCCUGCUGACCACCAAAGGACCGGGGAGAGUGGCCAAGAUCGGAGACUUUGGCAUGGCCAGGGACAUUUAUAGGGCCAGCUACUACAGAAAGGGUGGGCGCGCCAUGCUGCCUGUGAAGUGGAUGCCUCCGGAAGCCUUCAUGGAGGGGAUCUUCACAUCCAAAACGGACACGUGGUCCUUUGGGGUGCUGCUAUGGGAGAUCUUCUCUUUGGGCUAUAUGCCCUAUCCCAGUCGCAGUAACCAGGAAGUGUUGGAGUUUGUCACCAGCGGGGGAAGGAUGGACCCUCCCAAAAACUGCCCAGGGCCUGUGUACCGGAUAAUGACACAGAGUUGGCAGCAUCAACCGGAAGACAGGCCCAACUUCUCCACCAUUUUGGAAAGGAUUGACUACUGCUUACAGGACCCCGAUGUGGUGACUGUUCCCUUGCCUGUGGAAUAUGGCCCCCUCCCUGAAGAGGAGGAGCGGGUACCCAUGCGCCCUGAGGACCCCACGGCCUCCCCCCUGCUGGUGUCCACUCUGACGCCUGACGAUGCGGGCCCCGCACCGUCAGCUCCCAAGCCCACCGAGGCCACUGAGGCUCAACAACCCCAGCCCCACCCCCAGACAUUCACCAUGACCACAGCCACCUCCAAGGUGCCUCCCCCCAUCUCCACCCAGCAACCUAACCCAGACGGUGGCCACGUCAAUCUGGCCUUCACCCAGGGCCACCCUGGGGAUAAGGAGGGUCGCAAUGGGAAACCUACCAACCUGUGGAACCCCACUUACGGCUCCUGGUUCCUCCAGCUGCAGCAGCAGAAGAAGCAGCAGCAUCAGCAACAACCGCAGCAACAACAACAACAGCUGCAGCAAAAGCAGGAAAGAGCGGGCAGUGGAGGUGGGGGAGUAGGAGGUGGGAGGGUGCCGGGCGAGGGGCAGGAGCACAAGGGACGGACUGUGGGCGAGGCGGUGGGGGCCCUGAGUCUCCAGCACCAGCAGCAGUUCCAGCCACCAUACCCCUUCCAUCCACAGCAGCAACAGCAGAUGCAGCUCUUACAUCACCAGCAGCAGCAACAGCAGGGGUUCUGCAGGCCGCUUUUGCCACCUCCGCCACCACCCCAGGCUACCUCCUUGGGUACCACUGACCCUACCCCUUCCCCGCUCCUGUUAGAUUCGGCCGCCCUACCCCCGGUCCCCCUAUUUAGACUUCGCAGAUUCCCCUGCGGGAACAUCGGCUAUGGCUACCAGGAGCAAGGGUUACCCCUAGAGGCAGCCCAUCACCACCAGAAUCCUGUCUCUGUCUACCCCCCUCCUCCACCGCCCCCUCCCCCGCCACCCGUGGCCCCCCAGAGAGGAGUGGCGGGGACCCAGCUGUCGCUGAGCCACUCGACGAUGGCCAAAUCCGAGGACAGCCUCCCUCUGCUGGUCACCAUGGGGACGGUGCAGGACCCGAGUCUGCCCCGGAUGGAGGGCCACAAUGCCACAGUGCUGUAG